AUGAGACAAACUGUAUACGCAACUUCUGUUACUGUGGUCACAUCCCCGUGUGGAUUAUGUGCACUUGUGCAGCUAGCCAAAACAUUGUAAAGACAAGCAAAUGGUUUAUCUGUAACUGUCAGAGUAGUGUGUAAAUACCUAUCGGUAGAGACUAAAUUAACUUCCUAUAGGGGAAAUGGCUAACUAUGCUAUUUUUAUUAUUCGGAUAUCGCACUUAUCUUGUCUGAUAAUGUGCAUAGGUUUAACUUGCCAGUUUUAACCUAUCCCAUCUCGAAAAUCAAUUGAUCUCACUGCGUAUGCCGUAAGCACGGUUUGGGUGUCGUAAAUAUUUCAUUCCGGCUCAGCAGCAAGCCGCCAAGGAGAUUCAAAGGUCUGAAUGACAGAACUCUAUGGUUUGAAUACAACGCGUUUGACAAAGGAAAUGGUACUUGUGGUCUUGUUUGUUUUACUAACGUCUCAUAGCCUACUUUAAUUAAACUCUAACGCCGAGCCAUUUAAUUAUCUUACUAGCAAACCACUCGGGUGCAAAAAUUCCAUGGACAGGAGCUUCAAGAUAAUGUUAUUCUGUUGUCUCGCUAAGCAGUUUUUGUCGAUUGACAUGGUGGCUUGAGGUGGCUAACAUUAGCUUGAUAAAGUUUUUGGUUGUCUUUCUGAGAAACCUUGCUCAUAAAUAAGAAAUCAAGGUGGCAAAGAUAACAAACGAUGGGUCAUGUCAAGUUGUACGCCAAGUAAAAACGUGAAGUUCGUUACCUUCAAAAUAAAAUUGAAACCAAUCGCUAACCGUUACCUUUUGAUUGAUCAGCGACCGCAAUUAAAUCCAGAUCGUCACAAAUAGAUACAACUAAGCACUGGUCGCACGUCAUUGGAACUCAGCUUGACAAGGUGCAUUCUUAUCCAAUAUUGGUUGCAGCAAAUGGAAACGCUUUUAGCUAGCAAGCUAAGUUGGUAACCAGCUAACAUAUCUGUUUGGAAAUGGAAUGGUUGCGACAGUCGCUGGAUUUUGUAGUCUCUCUGGCUGUAUUACAAUAUCCUCUGCUUAAUGAUUCAUGUCACUUCACGUCGCUGCUGAUCGGAACUGUUUAGCUAGUCUACGUCAUUGACUGGAAGAAAGGAAGCUAACGAUACGUUAGCUGGCUAUUACCUAGAUGUUUUCAACGUGUUAGCAAGCCAACUGCAAUUAGCAGGUGGCCAAGCAACGCCAAACCUCGAAGAAUCCAGCCGACAUCGCUAGUUUAUAACCAUUAACUUCUGCCCUGCGUUUAACCUGCGAAUUCCUGGGCGCUUGCAAGUACGAAUACAUCGCCUUAUCAGCCUUUACAAUGAGAGUAAACAGUUGAUGCUUAAUCACUACGUUACAAUUCGUCCAGGACAUUCAGGGAACGGCCAUAGCUUGGAGGAUCAGACACCGGAUUUAAAUAAAUAGGCAGCUAUCUUCAGAAUCAUGAAAAACUGCGAAUACCAUCAAAUCGACCCACAGGCACUAUCGACCCCAAACCCCACGCCACCGCCGCCACCCUGUGCUGAGAAGAAGAGCAAACGGGCAAAGAGAAAAUGGGAAGUUUUCCCUGGAAAGAAUCGUUUCUACUGCGAUGGACGGAUCAUUUUAUCUCGACAGAGCGGCGUUCUUCCACUGACUCUCGGCCUCAUUCUCGUCACAAGCACCCUAUUCUUCAUUUUCGACUGUCCCUACCUGGUAGAGCACCUGACCAGCUGCAUCCCUGUGAUUGGUGGAGUGCUGUUUGUCUUCGUGGUCAUCACCCUCCUGCAGACCAGCUUCACUGACCCCGGGAUCCUGCCCAGAGCUGGGCCAGACGAGGCCGCAGAUAUUGAGAGGCAGAUUGACAGCUCAGGCUCCACCUCCUACCGUCCCCCACCACGGACCAAGGAGAUCCUAAUCAACCAGCAGGUGGUGAAACUCAAAUACUGCUUCACCUGCAAGAUGUUUCGCCCGCCCAGGACGUCCCACUGCAGCCUGUGUGACAACUGUGUGGAACGGUUUGAUCAUCACUGCCCCUGGGUGGGGAACUGUGUGGGCAAACGCAACUACCGCUUCUUCUACAGCUUCAUCGUCUCCCUGUCCUUCCUGACGGCCUUCAUCUUCGGCUGUGUGACCACUCACCUGGUGAUGCAGUCCCAAGGAGGAAGAGGCAUCAUCUUCGCCCUCCAGGAGAGCCCUGCCAGUGCAGUAGAGCUGGUGGUAUGUUUCUUCUCUGUCUGGUCCAUCUUGGGUCUCUCUGGCUUCCAUACCUACCUGGUGGCUUCCAACCUCACCACCAACGAGGAUAUUAAAGGCUCCUGGUCGGGUAAAAGUGGGUCCGAGGGCUCGGGAAACCCGUACAGUUACAGCAACAUCUUCACCAAUUGCUGCGUGGUGCUGUGUGGACCCAUGCCCCCUAGUCUGAUUGACAGGAGGGGCUUCGUGCCCCCGGAAGAGGCUCUGGCAGUGGCCCCGCCGCAGGUCGAGCUGCCCACCCUCGAGGCCAAAAGUGACAUCAACAUGGAGGAUCGUUGUCAGGAUUUUGCGGUGUCAUGCGCUGGGUGAGGUUGGGGUGGGGUGGGGCAGCAGAGAGAGUGGAGAUGGUAAGAGACCGUGUGGCGGGCUGUUUCUCCCGCAUGUCGUGCAGUCUGAGACGCCGUUACCAUGGUGACCCGGUGCCCAUCCCAUGCCAGGCCGCUUCCCGGUCGCUGCCUCCUCAUCCCCUCUGCCCUGCAGGGUGUGUGUGUGUGUGUGUGUGUGUCUCUGUGUGUCUUAUUUUAGAGCUGCACCAAUCCAUCCUGCAUUUGAAGCCCCUUUUGCUCCGUUCCCUCGCCGGGUUAUGUAAAAGAAAUGAGUCAUUUUGGCACUUCAGCGUUGCUUGGAGGCACUCGGUCUUAUUUAUGCUUCUCGCAAUACAGUAUUUUCCCCUUGAAAAGUGAGACGCUUACUCGAGUUGGCAGGAAGUUAUUCAACGAGAAAAUGCGAGAGCUUUAACUCCCCCUGUAUUGAGGCCAACAAGGAAUUGUUAUAAUUCAUAACCACUUCCAUUUACAUAACCGUGCUUCUGUCACAGUCUGAUUUGGGAAGGUAUCCAUUUGUCCGGACAGGGUAUUCUUGUAUAGGUAGUACAUUAAUUAUGUGUUCAGUGUUCAUAUGAUAUGACUAUUAUGUUGCCCGAUAACUGAUAUUUUAGUGUUAAUCUAUAAACAAUUUCGUCUGGUGCUCCUUUCCUACAGUGGCCCAAAUAGCUUUCCUGAAUAUCUUUGGUUUCAGUGGGACAGAAUGUUGUGAAAUUGACAUAGUAUAUCACUCUGAAGGUAACGGCCAUUUUGAGUUAUUUCAUUUUGUAUCAUGUUAUGAAUGCAUCCAUUGGCUAAUGCCUGAGCUUCACCAAUGCAAUGUGUCUCUGGGCCCAUGUGCCCCGCCCUCAUCCCCACAGCCUGCAUGCCUUUGAUCUCACUGGGGAUGGGCGACGACCCAUCAUUUCUGUUCAAUGAUCUGGCUGAAGCUUACUCUGCUGCUUUCAUGCUGUAGUCUGUUUCUGUCUUUCUGCUCUGUUCUCUCUGUUACUGCUCCCCUCUUUUUCUGCCUCGUCGUCCCCUCUUUCUCCUCCUCCUGUUCUUCACCCCUCCCUCCCCU